AUGGUUGAUCACCUCCUGGGAACAUGGAAAUCAACUUCUUGUGAAAAUUUUGAUGAAUAUAUGAAACAACUGGGUGGAGUGGGAUUAGCCACCAGGAAGCUGAGCAGUCUGACCAAACCUGUUAUGACCAUCAGUGCACAAGGGGAUUUGAUUACAAUCAAGACCAAAAGCAUCUUUAAAAACAAUGAAAUCUCUUUUAAGCUGGGGGAAGAGUUUGAAGAAACCACACCAGAUGCCCGAAAAACCAAGAGUAUUAUAACCUUGGACAGUGGCUCUUUGACUCAUGUACAGAACUGGGAUGGCAAAGAGACUACCAUAAAAAGAAAGCUGGUAGAUGGGAAAAUGGUGGUGGAAAGUGCCAUGAAUGAUGUUACCUGCACUCGAAUAUAUGAGAAAGUGUGA